AUGCCGCCCAUCUCGUACCAGUACAUCACUGCUCAUUUAGCCCCUACGAGGCAGUACUCCAUCCAAGCUCCUGGCGAGGUACCGCAGGGCGGCGACGAAUCAGUUGAGAAGCAGCGUCUCGGCGCGCGCGUCGCCAUGGCGCACGGCAACCGCUUUUUGCGCAUCCUUUACAGGUCCAUCUACAUCGUCCUCUACAUAAUCCUCUGCGGCCUGCUGCUCAUCACCCCGGGCGACGCCAUCCAGCGAUCCGUCGUCAACAGGCAGUGGUACAACAUCUGGAUCAUCGCGUCGGCGUACGUCCUCACAGCGAGCAUCGUCAGCUUCAUCUACAUUGUGCGUCUGUACGUCAACCAGACGGUGCUGGCGUCGAUACCGAAAUCAUGGGUGCCCAUCGAAAAGGGCGAUGUCAAGCAGGCGGUUCAAAAGAUUAUUGCGGUUGGGCUAAGCAGGAGCUCGGCCAUUGCGUAUGCGGCGAGGCCGAGGGUUGAGACACACGAUGAGAUGAUGCGGGAUGAAAUGCUGGAGGGCGACGAAGACGAAGCGCGUAUGAGGGAAAAGCUGAUUGAAUGGAACGAAGAAGCGCUGGAUAGAGAUACGCCGAUCCCCAUGCCGCCGCAUCGCCCUGUCUGGGGCACCAUCGAGCAUUGCGGCUGGGCGUCUCCAAAUUCGCCGGAUCUACCCAAUUUGCAAUACGGCACCGUCAUAUCCGAGUUUCCAAAUCUGAUAGAGGCGCAAGCACUGCGACUUGCGCCGCCAGACCCAACCUCCCAGUCCAACCCGCCGAUGCUGGACCCAGAAGCCGCCGAGCUGCUGCAGAGAUCUCCAAGCAUGAGUCUCCGCGAUUACUUUGGCCACCUCGCCGGCCUGGGCGUUGUUGUCAUGGACGAGACCGUGGCUGACUUUCUCGAGAGAUACGAAGCAGCUCGCUUCUCGACACGGCCAGUCUGCGAUGGGAGAUUUCGUGAGCUGAUGCACCUCUUUGCGGAAAUAUUACGAUCGAUACAGCCCUUAGACCCUACAGUGUUGGAUCAUUUGUAUGGAGAUGAAGAGGAGGAUGAAGAGGAGGAUAGAAGAGGGCCAGGGGGAAUAGAUGAAAGGGCAGCGGUGGAAAGCGACAUUGACAACGACGCUCCGGCGGAAACGAUCCCAUCUACACCAAGAACUGUAUCACGGCCGUCUACCGCCAGCACCCAGCGCUCAUUUCAGAGACCGAUAAGACGACGCACGAUGAAUACAUAUCGCACUGCGCCGAGCACACCCAACAGCAGAAGGAAUGUGCCGACGACGCCACGCAGCGUUGGCAGCAAUGGUCUCUCGCAAAUACAACGUUAUUAUACCUCCAGCCAGCAUUCAUCAGCCGCCAGCUUCCGAUCCAGGUCCUCGAAUGGCUCGGGCUCUGUCAUCCGCCUAGCAGAUCACGGGGACCCUAACGACUUGCCAUAUGUUCUCACGUUGACUGAAUCGGCGGCAACGAGGUACUAAAGACUCGGGAUGAGAUGAGGGGGGAAAAUAAAUAUCAAAAAUUCAUGACUUAUCGCGAUGUUUAUACCAAAAUAGAAUGUAACUUUAUGGAGGCUCCAAGGCCAUGGGAAGGAUACCAGAGAAGGCAAAAUUCCACAGGUUUUGUAUUGUCAUUUUAGACGAAUAACUAUAAUAUAUAAUAUUCUUGGCUCCUUUGCC